AGAUGAUUAUUUCCCUUUGAUUUCUUAAAAAUAAUAAUCUGCUUGAUAGCAACUCAAUGAAUAUUCUGUUUCCGGUUAAUAAUAGAGAUGGCCGAUCCACAAGAAAAAUAUCAGAAACUCGCAUUAGAAUAUGCAAAGUUGAAAGCUCAAAUUCCUGUUCUUAAAAAAGCCUACUUGGAUGAGCAAGGAGAAGUGAACCAAUUAAAAGAAAUAUUGAAAGAGCGAGACCAGUCUGUGAGGAAAUAUGAACAAGAAGUUGACAGUUUGACCUUUCGCAAUCAGCAGCUUUCAAAGAGAGUUAUCAUUCUUCAGGAAGAAUUAGAAACAUCAGAAGCUAAUAGCAAAAAGAAACAUAAGAAUAAGUCUGAGCCAUCAACACCUGAUGGUGGAUCCCGGAACGGUGGAGUAAAUGUUUUUAAUGAGGAGCUACAAAACAAGAUUGAGGAAAAUGCUCUGUUGCACAAACAAUUACAAGAACUCUCUGCUCAGUUUGAUAUUCAUGUUAGAGAACUUCAGGCACAGUUAAAGGAAGCUGAAAAUUCUAGAGGACAACAUGAAGAAGUGCUCAGUUCUGCUCAAAAGAGAUCCAAGGAAAUGGUUGAUAGGUUGCAAGAAGAGAAAGCUAUGUUGGAAGUCAAGAUUCAAACAAUGGAGAAUGAACUAAAAGAAUUUCGAGGAAGAUGUGACUUUGCAGAGCAAAAUCUUCUUCUUGUUGAAAAAAGCUUACAAAGUCGUCUCAGUGAAGCUACAAAAAUAAUUGAAGAAAAACUACCAUUUAUUGACACAAAGUUAAAGGAGGUGAAUGGUUUAAAUGUUCCAACCCAUGACAGAAGACAUCAACUGCGGGCAAAAGAAUUGAUUACUCAAGGGGCAAAUCUUGUAGGGGAGUUAACUCUAGGCCUAUCCAAUUUCUUUACUUACAGUGAACAAAGGUCAAAAAUUUACCCAGCUGAUGGCAUCACUGAACCUCUCAGUCCCUUAAAUAUUAAGUUUUGCAAGUAUCUACAUGAAAACAUGCUAUACCUAAAACCAGUGGAACAGUCGCUCAGAGGUUUUGUCAACAAUUUAAAAGAUGACUCACUCACAGUUCUAGAGACAGCAUCAGAACUUCAACCUUUUUCCAACAGUUUUAAACACAUGGUUGCUUAUAUGAACAAACUAUUGCCAUACUAUAUAGCAAGCUUAGAAGAAGAAAAUGCAGUUUCUUCAUGUACGACUACACUCGCAUCCAAAAAUAGAGAUUUGCUCCAAUCUUUAAAGCGCCUCAAUGCAGUAUUUAACAAGAUAAAUACCUAUGUUUUUUUACUUGCUAUACAAAGUUUACAAGGACAAGGUCAUCCACAAGCAUCCCAUGCUAAAUUUUUUUCUGGAAUAUGUAAAUCUCUCAAUGAUCUUCAUGAAGCUGUUAAGGAAGUAUCAAAACAUUAUAACUCUAAGGUAUCAUUGGAACAUCAGCUUCCAACAGCAACGAAGGAACUGAAGAGAACAGACGAAUGUGUUGUAGCAUCUCUUAUAUCUCUUGUAACUAAUACUGGAAAGAUGGCAGCUUUUAUGUCGGGAAAUUUAGAAUUUUUCAUCCAGCCAGCUGGUUACAGAACCAGAGGAAGUAGUAUAAACUCAGAGGUCAGAGCAGAGGGACCAAGGUCACAUCCUGCUGUCAACAGCUUCAGACAACGGGCAGCCCAUUUUCUUGCAUCAGUAACUAAGUCGCCUCAAGAAACUGUACCUUACUGUGCCGCAGUGCAAAACAGAAAGACUUUGUACAGUUCUGCAGAGAGCAAAGAGAGCUUAGCAAAACAGAUUACAGUUUUCCAGCAAAAGCUCACUAAACUUGAACAAGAAAAAGAACAUUAUUUAUUGGAAUUACAACUGUUGAAGAUCAAGUUUGAAAAUGAACAAGUGAAAACUAAACAGCUGGAAAAAGAAAUUGACCUUGUUCGGGCGAGCUCUAGUGGGAUCAGCAGUGUGACAGGCGCCAGCUCGUUAGAAGAUCAUAUAGAAAAGUUGACUCUUCCAUCUGACCUCAGCACUAGAUCAGAUUCUGUCAAUAGUUCCUCUUAUCUGGACACCAGCAUGCUUGGCCAAGUGGAAACAACAGGUUCUGUUGUAAGAAAUGACAUAGACACCAGAGAACAGUUAAUAAUGAGUCACUACAAUUCUAGGAUCAAUGAACUUACUCUCCAAUUACAGCAAGCUGACAGCAAGGCUGUUAAUUUCCAUGCAGAGGUUCGUGCCUUGCAUAAACAAUUAAAAAUAGCUGAGAAAGCUAAAGAAAUUGGACAAGAAGAAUUGAGACUGGUCAAUCAGAAUUUAGCUCACCUCAAGGAUGAGCUACAGACAACAACUCGCAGUUAUGAAGGCCAGCUAAGUAUGAUGAGUGAACAUCUGGCAGGCAUGAAUGAAAAGCUUGCCCAACAAAAAGAUGAAAUUGAUGAACUUAAGCAACAGCAAGCUCAAAAAGGAUCAUCAUCUAAGAUAUUGAAGAAAUCAAAGAAAUAAUAAUCGUCGCCAACAUGCUCAUGUCUUUGUUAGACAGUUGAUAAAAAUUGUUCACAUUCAUUAUAAUUAUA